GCUGCAACAGCCAUUCUCUCCAGUCGGUGGAGUCAGGAGACGAACAAACCUGGCGGUAGUCGAAGAGCCUGUGAACGGCUAAUCACUCACAACUGACACGCUAUUUGGGCUCAGUGGAUGUGUUCCCCCUCUUGCAAUGGUCGGACGCCGGCACAUGUCGCCCACUAAAAGAACAGAGCCAAAGGGUCGACCAACACUCGUCAGUUUGACACAGCAGCUAACGUUAGCGGUGUUUUACUAGCGAGCUAACACUACACGAACUUGGUCUGUGGAGGCUAGUUAGCACCUCCAGCUAACGCGCUAGCUUCUGUUAGUUUGGUGCAGACACUUGACUUGCUGCUGGUGGGAAACCAAGAAAAGACAGAAGGAGCGUUUCACCUCAUCGGAGCCCGUCGUGUUAGCUUCACCCAGCUCCAAGGGAUAUUUCUGAUUGGAUACUCAACCAUAAGGAAUUACCGGAGAGGCCUGCUGUCUUUAUUCAUCCCCACAUUUCUGAGAAUCAACUCUUGGAGUCGGACCUGGAGUGGAGAAGACCCCUUGUGUCCUGAACAAACCCAGGCCGAGAGAACUAAUGCCAAGCCCUUCUCCUCCUCAGACAGCCUAGCGAAGGUCCAGGAGGUAGCAAGCUGGCUUUUGGAAAUGAACCAGGAUCUGCUGUCGGGGGGAAGCAGCAGCAGACGGAGUCGGGGGCCGGGGGGGCCGGGGGGUCCGGCGGUGCGAGGUAACGCUUCCUCCACGGCCCGGGCGCCCCAGCAGGCGGCAGAGGAGGGCGACGAGGAUGAGCACAUGAACCGGGUGGUAGAGGAGGAAGAGCAGCUGCAGCAAAGGCCCGAGGCGUCGCAGGUCGAUGGCGAGCGCGAACAACCGUGGGCGCCAAGCGAAUCGGGAGCGAGCAACGGCCCCCGGGGGGGGGAGGAGGACGUGGACGUGGAGGACGACGAGGACGAGGAGGAGGAGGGCCCCCCGAAUGAGGUGAACGGAGGAGCGAAGGGGGCCCGAUGGAUGUGGGGAGCGGAGCCGAGGCGGCCACGGGGCCGGCCGCUGGGCGAGGAGGAUGAGGAUGAGGAGGAGGAAGAGGAGGAGGAGGAGGAAGAAGAGAACAACAACAGUGGCAGCCACCAGGAGGAGGAAGAGGAGGAGGAGGAGGAAGCGGCUGAGGAGAGGACAGAGGGAGGGGAGGGGCCGGGCAGGGAGGAAGAGGGCGAGGAGGAAGAGGAGGAUGAGGACGAGGAGGAGAUGGACCAGGACAGCGAUGACUUUGAGCAUUCGGCGGAGAGCGGGAGGGAGGAGGAGGAGGAGGAGGAGGAGGAAGGGGAGAGGGAGGAAGGGCUGCGGUCUCCUUCGCGCAGGAACAAUGCGUCGGCGCCCAACAACCACCUGGACUCGGGUUGUACUCACCAAAGCUCCUCCAACAAGAAGAUGAAGAGAAAGUUGGACCAUGGCCCAGAGGUCCGAUCUUUCCCUUCAGGAAAAAAGCCCUGCAAAGGCCCCGAGUAUCCAAGCCCGACAGGAAUUGUCCCGUGUCCGGCCACGCCCACCACAUUUGGCCACAUUAGAACGGCCAAUUGUCAGGGGCAGCAGAGGCGGCGCAUCACCUCCAUCCAGCCGCCAACGGGUUUCCAAGAAUGGCUCCGGACAUUUCAGAGCUGGACCGGCCCGGAGAAGCUGCUGGCGCUGGAUGAGCUGAUUGACAGCUGUGAGCCCACGCAAGUCAAGCAUAUGAUGCAGGUGAUCGAGCCGCAGUUUCAGCGAGACUUCAUCUCCCUGCUGCCCAAAGAGCUGGCUUUGUACGUGCUGUCGUUCCUGGAACCGAAGGACCUCCUUCAAGCAGCCCAGACGUGUCGCUACUGGCGCAUCCUGGCAGAAGACAACCUGCUGUGGAGGGAGAAGUGCAGGGAAGAAGGCAUCGACGAGCCCCUGCCCCUCAAGAAGAGGAAAAUCGUCAAGCCUGGCUUCACCCACAGCCCCUGGAAGAGUGCCUACAUCAGGCAGCACCGAAUAGACACCAACUGGAGGAGAGGGGACCUCAAAUCACCCAAGGUGCUGAAAGGUCACGACGACCAUGUGAUCACCUGCCUCCAGUUCUGUGGCAACCGCAUCGUCAGCGGCUCCGACGACAACACGCUCAAAGUCUGGUCGGCCAUCACAGGAAAGUGUCUGCGCACCUUGGUGGGCCACACGGGGGGCGUGUGGUCGUCCCAGAUGCGGGACAACAUCAUCAUCAGCGGCUCCACCGAUCGCACACUCAAGGUCUGGAACGCAGAGACAGGCGAAUGUAUCCACACCCUCUAUGGGCAUACCUCAACCGUGCGCUGCAUGCACCUACACGAGAAAAGGGUGGUCAGCGGCUCCCGCGACGCCACGCUGCGCGUCUGGGACAUCGAGACGGGUCAGUGUUUACACGUCCUCAUGGGCCACGUGGCGGCGGUGCGCUGCGUCCAGUACGACGGGCGGCGGGUGGUCAGCGGCGCCUACGACUUCAUGGUGAAAGUGUGGGACCCCGAGACGGAGACCUGCCUCCACACGCUGCAGGGCCACACCAACAGAGUGUACUCGUUACAGUUUGAUGGGAUCCACGUGGUGAGUGGCUCUCUGGACACGUCCAUAAGGGUCUGGGACGUGGAGACGGGAAACUGCAUCCACACGCUAACGGGGCAUCAGUCCCUCACCAGCGGCAUGGAGCUCAAAGACAACAUCCUGGUCUCGGGCAACGCCGACUCCACCGUCAAGAUCUGGGACAUCAAGACGGGCCAGUGCCUGCAGACGCUGCAGGGCCCCCACAAGCACCAGAGCGCCGUGACGUGCCUGCAGUUCAACAAGAACUUUGUCAUCACCAGCUCGGACGACGGCACGGUCAAGCUGUGGGACCUGAAGACGGGCGAGUUCAUCCGGAACCUGGUGACGCUGGAGAGCGGCGGCAGCGGCGGCGUGGUGUGGCGCAUCCGGGCCUCCAACACCAAGCUGGUGUGCGCCGUCGGCAGCCGCAACGGCACGGAGGAGACCAAGCUGCUGGUGCUGGACUUUGACGUGGACAUGAAGUGAGAGGAGGGGGGAGGGAGGAAGAAGAGAGGGGACCGGGGGGGAGUCGAGGCGCCUGGAAACCAGAGAGCCAAAGCCCAGAGAAACUCUGCACCAUCACCCACCCGUCCUCCACCCAUCAACACCCCGCCCUCCCACCCCCCACCCCCUCCCCCCUCUCCCUCCCCGGCCCCUUUGGGGCGAAAUGUUACUGACGGAGCCACGGAGCCUCAUCCAUCCCCCACCUCCUCUUCCACCAGUUUGCGGUGGAGCCCGAGGGGGGAUCGGGCUGGAAAGGAGUGAUGGGAGGAAGACGAGAGGAGGAAGAGACGGACGGACUGAUGGCGACGGAGCUCUUUUCCGAGGGGACUCUCCACCCCCCCCCCCUUUUUGGUUCGGGGUCCGCUUUGCACAGAGACUUGGUUUCGCUCAAGCCUGACCCAUUUUGAGAUGUACAGAGAUAUAUUAUUUUUUAAAGCCCCCCUCCCCUCCCCCCCCCAAAAAAACUCCCCUUCCCUCCCCCAUCGACACAAGCGCACACACACACACACACAGAACACGGCCAACUGGGGAAUGUUCACUGUAGGAAAAGAUUGGGGCGGGUGGCAGGCGUUUAAAGGUACAUUUCCACACACACACACACACACACACACACACACACACACACACAGGGUUGCACCUGAGGAGCUGCGAUUGGAGGCUUCGGCCUGUCAUCCGGCUCCAUUCACGUCACUCCGUUUCUGUUUUUAUUGUUCUUCACUCGUUUUUUUUUUUUUUUUUAACAAUAUCGCACACAAACACAACUGUGAAUUUCAACAUCUUCUUGGUUUAUCACAUGAAAGGGGUUUCAGUUUUUUUUUUUGUCUCUUUGCGGUUGCCAACAGCAACAAAUCCCAGUAUUAAUAACCUGCUCUGUUUAGGUUUGCUGUCAUUAUGUCACAAGGGUUUUUCCUCCUUUUUUUAAAGUUUGAGUUGUUUUAUUCCUUCCUCUUACUUUUUCUACAUACCUGAGUUUAGAGCUCCGUCUCCACGCAAACAUCAGUGCUGUCCAGAGUGUUGCAGUCUACCUGGGGGGGGAGCCGUAAAGGGUCUUCGCUCAAAGUGCUGUUAGACUGACCCCCCCCCCCCCCAGCCCCCCCCCCCCUCCUCCUCUCACCUCCCCCUCCCUCCCCCUCUACUGUUUUCUCCCAGUGGCCAAACUGUAUUUAUGCUGCUAGAAGAAUGGAAACAAGAGAGAGAUGGAACUUUUACUUGCUGUGACGUUUUAGUCCCAGGCAAAAUUCCAAAUUGAACUCUAUAUGUUUGGACUUUGAGGAACAAAAGAUCACAAAAGAUAACAUCCAACCUUUCUGUUUUAUUUUGUUUGUUUUUGCCACUGAAACUUGAGCCAAACGUGCCUCUACGAGGCUGAGAGGAGGGAGCGCGUCCGACGGACACCGGCGGGAUCGUCCCGCUGUGAGGGAAGCGAGGGGGGGGUGUGCGCGUGUGUGUGAGUGCGUGUGUGUUGGCGUGUUAACGGCCAACUUGUAAACACAUUCCUUUGGGGAAAUGUACAAAUGCAACGGGCCGGCAAAAAAGAAGAAAAAAAAACAAACUAGAAGAUGUAUCGAUUUUUAACACGUGAAUGAAAGAACUGUUCGUAAUGUGUGUGUGUGUGUGUGUGAGAGAGAUUGUUCAAUUCAAAGAUGUCCGAAGCAACAGAGGAGGCCGUCACGAGCAUCGGAGUCUCAGUGUUACAUGCGUCGCAGUCGGAGCCUUCGAGGAUCGUCAGUGGCAACAAACGUGAACAGAAACAUUGUAGCCAAACGAAAAAUGGUCUCAAUGUCCAAGAGUCACAACUCAAGCUGAACUGUGAAAGUGGUAUAACACUGUAUAUUAAAAAAAGAGAAAAAAAAAGAAAACAAUCUUGCUCUAUCUCCUCUCGUUGUUUUCUUCUUCUGUUUUUAAUUUAUGAUCUGGUUUGAGAAAUCAGAUUUGUUGCAGGUGUUUUAUUUUUUCAGUUAAUGUAAACUGGCAAAAAAGAAAACAGACAGAAAAAACCUUAAAGGGAUUGUGUAUUUGUUUGAUUCACUUAGAAUUUUAUUUUCUUAUAACUUAAGUGCAAUAAAAUGUGGGUUUUUCUUUUUUCAUUUCAAGCAUAUCGGUUGUCUGUUUUUGUUACCUUUGUGAAGGCAUCUUAUAUGUUCAAUAAAGCAAAUUAUUUGGUUAA